AUGUCACGCAACUUCACUAUCGACGAAUCCUCCCUCCCCUCCAUCUUCCAACAGCAAUGGAAAUCCAACCCCGACCCAACCGCCCUGCCCUUUCCCCGCGACAACCCCCCAUUCGCCCUCACAGCCAUAGAUUGGCAGCAGCUCUCCCUCUCCGACUCAGACUUCACACCACACACCUGGUCCAACCUGCACACCCUCAUCAGCACCAACCAUCUCGAAGAGCUCAAACGCUGGCCCAGCGCCUUGAAAGCAUAUCUCGCAUGGACCGCACACGUAAAGCAGAAAUACGGCAGCGUAAUGACAUAUCUGCUCGACCAGCGCCUUCUCUGGGAACCAGUUGAAGAUGAGAGCGGGGCGUUGCGAUUCGAUGUAGUCAACAGCACGCCUUUUGCGGAUCCAGCGGAUUACAAGAUUCUGAGGAAUGACUGGGCGUAUGCGUUUGUGUCUGGUGUCAGGCAUGUUGUUGUGUGGUUGAAGCAGCGGUUGCCGGUGGAUGGGAAGGGUGCGUUGAGUGAGGAGGGGAGGGCGAUGGUGGAGGAGUUCGUGAAGAGAGAGUUUAGGGAUAAGGCGGGGGAGAAAGAGGGGGGGAGUAAGGUUAUUUGGUUCAAGAAUACGACGGAUUUGCAGAGUGUGAGGAGUUUGGAACAUGUGCAUGUUUUGGUUAGGGACGUGGAGGAUGAGGUGCUGAGGGAGUGGAUGGUUUAG